AUGGACCGCCCAGGUUAUAUUGAAACCCCUGGCCGCCGUUCCACUCGCAAGAGCCUUGCGCUUGAGAUGAGUGAGAACGACGUGUCCGAUUCGCCCGCCCCGGCUAAGUCUACUCGCCGUCGCACUUCGGCCAAAGUCAAGUCGGAGGACGAGGAUGAGGCUCCGGUGAACAUUACGACUAAUGGCAAGGCUGCUGCCGGCAAGCCCAAGUCGCGAAUUGUGGACGGCUGGGAGGAGGGCUUGGACCCCAAGAUCGACUACAGCGGACACUACGAGUUUGGCGGCUCAAUGGGUGUGCUUGCCAUGAUGAUUGGAUUUCCCAUGCUCAUGUACUACAUGUGGAUUGGCGCGACCUACUAUGAUGGCAAGUUCCCUCGUCCGGCGGAGGGACAGAGCUUCUCGGAGUUUGUCGCACACCUAGGCAACUUGGUUUACACUGGCGCAUUUCCGUCGGUGAAGGCUUGGACCAUCUAUUGGGUUUUCUUUGUCUUCGAGGGUGCCUGCUAUGUUCUUCUUCCUGGCGUCUCUGUUACUGGCCGGCCAUUGCCGCAUAUGGGUGGCAAGCAGCUGCCGUACUAUUGCUCCGCCGUGUGGUCAUUUUACACCAGCAUUGUAUUGGUCCUGGCUCUCCACGCGACUGGUGUUUUCAAACUGUACACAAUUAUUGACGAAUUUGGCCCUCUUAUGAGCGUUGCGAUUCUGUCUGGCUUUUUGGUCUCAAUCGUUGCUUACUUCUCUGCUUUGGCACGCGGGGCUCAGCAUCGCAUGACCGGAUCUCCGAUCUAUGACUUCUUUAUGGGUGCCGAGCUCAACCCACGCAUGUUCGGUAUUCUCGACUUUAAGAUGUUCUUCGAGGUCCGCCUGCCCUGGUUCAUCCUGCUGUUCCUAUCCAUGGGUGCUGCGGCUCGUCAGUAUGAAAACUAUGGAUACGUGUCCGGAGAAGUUAUGUUCCUCGUCAUGGCUCACUUCCUCUACGCAAAUGCAUGCUCCAAGGGUGAGGAGUGCAUUGUGUCUACCUGGGAUAUGUACUAUGAGAAGUGGGGUUUCAUGCUCAUCUUCUGGAACUUGGCCGGCGUUCCUUUGAGCUACUGUCACUGCACCAUCUACCUGGCCAACCACGAUCCGUCUGAAUACCACUGGAACCGGUUCUUCCUGGCCUUCCUCUAUAUCGCGUACCUCUUUGUCUACUGGGUCUGGGACACCACCAACAGCCAGAAGAACCGCUUCCGCCAGCAGGAGCGCGGUACCAUGGUCCAUCGCAACACCUUCCCCCAGCUUCCGUGGCAGACUGUCAAGAACCCCAAGACCCUCACUGCUGCCGAUGGCUCCAAGAUCCUUGUUGAUGGGUGGUAUGGCAAGGCUCGCAAGAUCCACUAUACCUGCGAUUUGUGGUUCGCCCUGAAUUGGGGCCUCAUCACCGGCUUCUCCAGCCCCUUCCCCUGGUUCUACCCGGUCUUUUUUGCCUGCAUGAUCUCUCACCGUGCGCUCCGUGACAUCCAACGGUGUCGCAUCAAGUAUGGCGAGACCUGGACUGAGUAUGAGAAGCAGGUUCCCUACCUCUUCAUUCCUAUAUGGUAA